AUGGGUGGCCUCCUAGACCGCCUCCGGGGUCGUCCGCGUAUUCAACCGAGUAGAAUUCGAACAGUAUUUAACUCGCAUAUCGGAUGUCAUCAAGACUAUUUCUACAAGGUCAUCGUCAAUGUUAUGCAUCGCGAUGACGGGAUGGGUGAGAUUCUAAUGCCAAAACAGCACGCAGAGAACGAUGCCGAGAAAGAAUUCGUGCUAAGACUACUUGCCGAUCGCAUCGGUGCAUUCUUCCACUCCAUUUUAAUGGAAGAAACGCUGGCGAACCCGCACGAAAUGAAGAAGUUGUGUUAUAACCUCGGUCAACAGCAUUCGGCUUACAGUCGGGAAACAUUCAAAUUAACCUACUGGGAUUCUUUCACUCUGGCCUUACUCGAGGAACUGGAAAAUCGUGGCGGGAUCCCCAGAGAAGAUCUACGAGCGUGGCAAGCUCUCCUUCAUAUCAUUAGCGAGAAUAUGUUGGCCGGAUAUCUAGACGCUAGAAGCGCAAUGAGGCAGUGA